CUCGUGGUGGAGGAGCAAUCGCACCGGCAGCUCUUCGCCCUGGAGCUGGGAUCCGGAACCGGGCAGCAUGUCAUCCGCUUUGCCCAGAAGAUGCCCUUCGUCACCUGGCAGCCGUCCGACAUCCAAGAGGAGGCUCGGCAGAGCAUCAGGGCAUACAUCGCCGCGACCAACGUGACGACGGUGCUGCCACCUGUGCACCUGGAUGCCAGUGAGCCAUGGGAGAAGUGGGCGGGGGUCUCUCGCGGUUCCUGUGAUGUCAUUGUUGCAAUCAACCUACUCCAAUACAGCCCCUUCAAGACAGCACAGGGUGUUUUCAACGGGGCAGGUCAGAUCGUCAAACACAAUGGCCUGUUGGUGACAUACGGGGCGUACGCUAUUAACGGCACUAUUACGCCACGAUCCAACGAACUCCUUCAUGAAGAGCUGCGCAAAGUGAAUCCCGAAUGGGGACUUCCAGACAUGGAUGUGCUCCGACAGUUGGCCUAUGAAAAUGGGAUGCGUAUGGAGAGGAUGGUGGAGAUGGAAGAAUGUUACAAAUGUCUCAUCUUCAGAAAAAUAUAACCAUGUGUGUCAAUGUACUCUUUAUUGACCAGAAAUAAAGGGAUCAUGACCUACGUGUUUUGUUCUCGAGCACAAUGACAGAAAAAAAAAAACAAUGAA